CAUUGUAAUUUAAAAUAUUAUUCUGAUUCAUCUGAUGUACUUGCAAUCAUUCGUUAUUUUAUUCACGUUAAAUAAUAGUGUUCUUGUUUAAUGAAUCUCUGCGAAUUUAAAACAUCAUUAAUUUGAAAUUGGUUUUAGUGAUUAAUAUACUAUUUUAUUCUAUCAUGUCUUCUGCAAAUGCCUACAAAAACAAACGACAAUUAGAAGAAGCAUUGGCACGUAAAAGAGAUUUAGAAUUUCGAAAAGCAGAAGAAUGUAAAGCUAGAGUAAAAUAUUAUAGUAAUUUUGAUAGGGCUAAUAUGCACUUCCAAACUUGGACUGCACCAGAGUAUUACAAGCAAUGUGCAGAAAGUUUACAGAAGUCUAAGAUCGAAAAAGAAAAAGAAAGAAAAUUAUCUGAACGUAGAGAAAGACUCCAAAAGAUGUUAGAGACUGAACGGCAUGCAUUAAAUGAAGAACUCAGAAUUCUAGAACAAGGGCAUACAAAUCGAAGGAGGGAUAAAAAGGUUUCAGAUGAUGUUGUUUGUGAAAUUUACAAACAACUCAAAAUUGAUUCUGAAGAAAGACGAAGAAAAGAACUUGAAGACAAUUUAUAUCAGCAGUGGAGAAAAAACGAAGGUUGCAAACUUCUUAAUGCUCCUGAGUUUAAUGAACAUCAUGCAUUAGCAAAAAUGAGUUGGAUGGAUAAACAGGUGAUGAAACAAUUAGAUAAAGAAAAGAAAAUAAAAAAUCAAAUUAUCACCAACCAAACCGAAGUAGAACAAAUAAAAUCUGAUUUAAAUAUAUUAUGGGGUCAACAGAAAGAUAUGAAAAGUGAUUACGAUAAAUUAAAACAACAAAUUGAACAAAAUUUAGUAGAAUAUCAAGAAAUAGAGAAAAAAUAUAAUUUGACAAAAGGCUGUGAGAAAAAUAUGAAGCAAAGUCUAAAUGAUAUUGAGAAUAUUCAUGCAGAUUAUUUUAGAACACAUGAAAAUGAAAUUCAAAAUCGAGAUCAAAUAAAGAAUAAUGUCAAAUUUCAUAAAUUACAACUCAAACAGUAUAAUGAACAAGUAAUAAAUUAUUUGGAAUAUAAAAUAAAACUAAUCAAACAGUUGAAACAUAUUGAAUCGCAUAACCAUAAAAUCAAAAAUUUAUUAUCAUCUACUUUAACUGUUUUGCUGAAACAGUACAAAGUAGAAUCUCAGAGAAAACAGCAUAUAUGUAUGAUGUACGAUUCUGAAGCUCGCCGUGUUUGGGAUGGAUUUGUAGAAAAAUGGCAAAAUGAAGAAAAAAAUCAGUAUGAAGUGAUUGCUGAAAUCUUAAACAUAAUGAAAACUGAUGCUGAUGAAAAAUAUAAAGCAAAUAUAACUGCCCAAAAUGAAUGCAUAUCUGAGAAAGAAAAACUUUUGAAAAAACUGGAAGAUAUAAAUUGCAAAAAAUCAUAUUUGGAAAAGGAUAUUGAAUCUAAUAAAAAUCAAAUCGACAUGUUGACUUCUAACAAAUUAGACAAGGAAACAAAAUGUAACCUACUUACUGAUUAUUUAAAUGGGUCUGAUAAAAUAGAUGUUUCAAAACGUGAUGAAAAAAGGCUACUCUCUCCAGUCUCUUCUUGCACGGUUUCAAGCCAUGUUUCAAGUCAUUAUUCAAAUAAAUACCGUGACUCUGUACGAGAUAUCAUUUAUACUACAUUUACUCCUCAAUCAGCUUUUAACUGUGAUGCAACAACUUGGAAAAGAGACAAAAGCAAUUCUCAAUGUCAUAAAGUUCAAUCAAAAUAAUAAAAAUCAAAGCAAAAACUGGAGAAAAAUCCAUCAAGAAAUAUUAUCUCUUUUUAAUAUUUCAUGUAAAUAUAUUUUUGAAAGUAGGAAAAUCUUUCAUGCAAUCUCUACACUUCCAUUC